AUGGUUGAGCAAGUAGAACAAAAGAGAUUGCGAGGGGGAAAUGCUUCUCAAGUUGAGCAAGCAUCGAAGAGAAGACGUCUAGACUCGAGCCUGGAUGUGCUUUCGGAUACCGCCGCAACAGCUUCGAAAGUUAAUAGUGAAACAUCCAAAUCUGGACCUUCUCUUCAACCAUUUCCGUACUUUUAUUACUGCGAUCAUUCUCGAGUUGAAGAUCCUGAUCCUUUCAAGCCAUUGACUGCUCCAGGAAGAGUCCCCAACUUCCCUGCCAAGAUGAUGGCCAUCCUAAGUCGUCCAGAAUAUUCUGAUAUUGUUACAUGGCUUGAUCAUGGCCGUGCUUGGAAGGUAUUGAAGUCUCACCAGUUUGAAACUGAGGUCAUCCCCAAGUUCUUUGAACAUGCCAAGUUCAGUUCCUUCAUUAGACAAGCUAACGGAUGGGGCUUCCGACGCAUCACUCAAGGAAAGGACAGGAACGCUUACUACAACGAACUCUUCCUUAGAGGACUUCCUCACUUGUGCAAGCAAAUGAAGCGCCACGGUGUAUCUGAGAAGCAAAGUGCCGAUCCAGAUCAUGAACCAGAUUUUUACAAGAUUUCUGAGGAGCACCCAUUGCCUGUUGAAGGGCCUGACGAUGAGUCCAUCCUCUUGCCUCACAUUCUCACGGAAGGGCCUAAAGCAAGAAUGCCAGUAUUCUUCCACCGAAAGAAAACCACGAGACCUGUAUCUCCAGAUGUCAGCAAGACUGUUUUGAAUUCUCAAACUUUCGCGGGAUCGCCAUCUCUCUUGAGUUACACUACUCAUCCUCAUUCGCCAUCAAUGUUACCGGCUGCGUCCAUCGCUCCUCGAGCUAUGCCAGUUCACCCAGUCGGCUUUCCAAUGUCUCAAGACAACCACAUUAUGACAUCGCUACUGGCAAGCAGAAAUGGUCAUAAAGAUCAUGCACCCGCGCGCAUCAGUCCUCUCUUGCAGUCUUCAGUUGGUCACCAAAUGACUGGACUUCCGAUCACACCAAACUUGGCGCAACUCGAUCCUUCCACUCAGUACGCAGCAGGAUUUGCAGCCGCCGCCGCAAUGACCCAAGCCCACUUUCGUUCUAUCUUGGGUCACGCACUUGCUUCAAUUCCUCCCACCGUGCCCAAGUAG